UCCUCCGCAGUCGUUGUCUUCACUGGCCCUACUCGCGACGCAGAGGGCCGCCUCGAACGCGAUGGAGGCCGCCGCUGCACACCAACAGAAGGAGAAGGACCCGUACGUUCACAGGCCGUGUGCCUUUGACAAGAUGGAGGGGCUGGUGCGGGAGAUGCAGGACCCUGAGAACGGGGUCCCCGUGCGCAGCCAGAAGCAAUUCCUCACGUCAAUCCCGUCGGCGUUCAUGGGUGAGUGUCGCCGUUACCUUCGCCGAGGCGUUAGCGUAACCGGCCAACAGAGCCAGGACACUACAGGAUGCCUGCGUGUUGCAGGUUACGACCUCGUCGAGUGGCUGAUGGAGCGGCUUGCCAUUGAAGAAUCAGUAGAGGCGGUCCAUAUUGCUAAUCAACUUUGCCAGUACGGUUACUUCUUCCCGGUGAACGACUCCAAGACUCUGACUGUUAAGGAUGACAGCUCUCUGUAUAGGUUUCAGACUCCAUACUACUGGCCAUGGCAGCAUAGAACACCCGAUAACGUCGAGUACGCGAUUUACCUUGCAAAACGAACCCGAAGAAACAAGCAACGUCACGCACUCGAGGACUACGAAAUUGAGGCACUGAACAGUCUACGAAGGAAUUUGCAAAACAAAUGGGACUUGAUACAGCAGCAAGCAGAAGAACAGGUUCGACUUUCGAAGGAGAGGAAGAAGGGCGACAAGAUAGUCAGCGACUCGCAGGAAAGAGCUUUCUGGAGGGUUUACCGACCGCCACCUGGAUGCCUCAGCAGCCUUGAGGUUGUCCCUGUGCCGACACGCGGUCGUCCUGGUGCUCCGCGUCCUCCACCCCGGAAACGAACGCUCGCCGAUUUGCAGCGCGAGGUGGAGCUGCUCCGAAACAGCCUGACGCGAACGCGGAUCAAGAUGUCAACCGCCAUCGAGAACCUCAAGAACCAUUUCGAAACGUACACGGAGUACGACCCGAUGAUCGUCCAGCCGCAGCCUUCGAAUCCAUGGAUCACCGACGACCAAAUUUUCUGGCAACUCAACAGCCCGCUAGUCGAAGUACCCACGGAAAAAAGAGUUAAAAGAUGGGCUCUGUCAAUGGAGGAGGUCAUGUCCGAUCCAACCGGGUUACUGGAAUUCACAAAUUAUCUCAGAAAGGAGUACAGUCAUGAAAACAUACGAUUCUGGAUGGCCGUGAAGGACCUAAGACGAAGUUUUCAGGCCCAAAUCCCCGUCAAAGUCAACGAAAUUUACGAAGAGUUCCUUGCCGCUGGAGCACCGUGCGAGAUAAACAUCGACGGUAAGACGAUGGAGAAGGUUCAACAAGAGAUGAAGAAUCCGACGAGAUUCACGUUCGACGCUGCCGCUGAACACGUGUACACUCUUCUACUAAAAAAAGACUGCUACCCCAGGUUCAUCCGGUCCGAGCAUUAUCGGCAGCUUCUUGCCGCCGGAGUGCAACCCCUGCAAAAGAAAAGGUUCUUCGGUUUCGGCGGUCAAGCGAAGAAGAAGACUUCGUCGACUUCAGCGCCGACUCCCGGAAGUCUUCAGCAGCACCAACAGCAGCAGACCAGCGGUGGCGGCGCGGCUGCAACCGGAAGAAGACGCGGAAGCGAUCGGAGCCUUUCCGGAUCGGCUCACGAGCUGGCCAUUUGCGGAGUCAGGGACAUCGCGACUGCUCCUCGUGUACCGCAUUCCCACAGCCAGUCCAACCUCACCGACAUACCGUACAGGGGAGAUCUGGCUUGUCUCGUAAAAAUCCCAGCCAGGCCUAACCCACAUGAUUUUCAGGAUGCUGGCGGGUCGGGAUCGGCGGCGGCGGGUCGCCCUACAGACGAUGUUUGCCCGUGGGACGCGGCCCCGGGUCCAGUUCCGGGCCCGAGCUCCGAGCGGCCCGGCGAUCCGGGAGGGGGGUCGUCAGCGUCGGUUGGGACCGUCGGCGUCGGUGAGGCCCUAAUCGAGGCCCGAGGGGCCUCGCGGAAGAACUCCUCGCAGUUCGACUCGGGCAGCUCGUCUUCGGACGUUAGCGUUGCGGUCGCGGAGGCGGCCGAACGACUGCGCCGGUCUUGCACGUUGCAGCAGCAGCAGCAGCAGCAGCAGCAGCAGCAGGUUGCCGGGGGUCCACGAGGCUCUCGAGGUGCCGUUGUCACCUUCGCCGAGACGAGCCGAGCCUCAGUCUCAUCAUCGAACGAGUACUUCUCCCCUCAGCGGUCCUUCGACCUCCCUCAUUCGGCUGCAGCGCAGUUCGAAGAGCCGACGGAGUCGGUGACGGGAGUCGGCGAGUUUUCAGAAGGUUCGACCAGCCCUCGGGGAGGGUUUCCGGCGAUGGCACCGGUGAUAAGUAUCAGUUCGAUCGUCGGCGAGAUUCUCGCCGAAGAACCGCAGGAUGCUGUGGUAAAAAUCGAAACCCAGGAUCAUAUUCCGGAGCCGAUUUCACCCGAGGAUAAUACCAACGCGGUUCUCGAUGAUCGCGAGGAACACGAGGAUCACGAGGACGGUAACGACUCCCGGAACACCGCGGCUGCACCUCACGUUAGGAUCGAAAUCGACGGCGAGGAACUCGCCGAAGAUGCUCAGGUUGUUCCUGUCUGGGAACCGGACACUCAGACCCAGGAAUCUACUCGAGCUAUACCCACACCCAUGGAGCAGCAGGACAAUAAUGAUAACGAAGUUUGCCCGUGGGAAGACGAAGAAAAUUGUCGAGUGGAUUCGACCUACGUUAAAACCUACUCGACAUUGGGCUACCUUUAAAUCUCUGGCUUUUCGUACCUACGAAGAUCUUCUGUAAUAAUAAAUGCAAUAUAUUAAUAUAUAACGUAUAUCAAUAUAUUAAUAUAUUAAUAUAUGAUAUACAUUAUUCAAUAGUUAUAAAUCUUCAGCGGACAUGUCGGAUUUGACGCUGUAUUAUUAAAACUACAUAUAUAUAUAUUAAAUAGUAUAUAGGUAU